GAGCCUCUAGAGGGCGCUGCGUGAGCAGAACUGAGCCGCGCAUGCGCAGUGUUCUUCACAGACUUUCAUGUUGAUUCGUUUCGUGUUUAAACCGCCGCGAUGAGCCUUUAUGUGCUGGAUAUUAAAAUAACACGAUCAGCGUUUAUAAUGUAGACAGUUUGUUCAUCUUUAUUCUGCUCCAGGAUGAGAUCGACGCGAAUGUGUUUCAAAUUAUAGCGGUUAUAAUGUCACGAGCGACUCUUCUGCCGUCAAGUUACUGUUUAUGAGGAACCAUAAAAGCUCAAAGUGUGCUAAAACAUCUGAAGUCUGUGUAUAAAGAUAAGCAUGACCCUGGUGUUGACCCCUGCGGCCGUGUGCCAGUGCUUCACUCUGGUGUCGCUGUGCACGUCUAUCGCCGACCCCAACUGGAUCCAGGUCCAAAACUGUUCUGAUCCGAACAACAAACUCAUCUACGGGGUGGCCUUCACCAUGCACGCCUAUCAGAACCGCACGGACACGGGUCCGCUGGGCGGUUUGCACGGAUGGGGAAUGUGGCUGCUGUACUCGCUGGUCGCUCUCUGCUACAGCGCUGUCCUGUUGUCCAGCUCCUCUUUCCUGCUGGAUUUCCUGGGAGCAGCUGCCACUCACUCGAAGCUGGUGACAUCACUGCACGUCUCGACAGCGGUCAGCUGUGUGGCGGUGGUGGGAGUGUGUGCAGCCUGUAUGUGUGUGAUCGAACACAACCUGCAGCGAGGGAAACAGCGCGCUGAAAGCAGCCCGGUACUUUGCCUGUUCCCAGGAGAAAGCUUUUUCAUCGAGAUGUUGGGCCUGAUCUUCUCUUUCACGGCGUGCGGUUUCGCCCUCAAGGGUCGACCGGAAACCGUUAGGUCACGUGACUACCUGAGCGUGGAUGGAGAGGACAGUGAUACGGAGCCUUUGAUUGGUGGAGCUGAGAGGGAGGAGUAAAGACGACAGAGGUUCACUUCAUUUAUGCACUUUAUUUCUUAUGACAGGAAACAAGUGGAGCACAUGGAGACCGGACAAAAUUCAGAAUUUAGGAAAUUCAGUUCAUGAGUGUGAAUUUGAAUUGAAUUGGUCACACAGGAUGUAGAAUUGGAAUGACAGGAAGUAUUUAUUUACUGAGUCACAGUUCAAAGAAUUCCAAAACGGUCACAAAAGUAAAUAUUUGAGAUAGUAUUAUAGUUAUUAUUCAUAUUUUUAAUUUGUUUUUAUUUGUAUAUUUUGUUUUUAUUUUAUUUCAUUUCAUUCCAUUGUCAGGUUUUUUUACAAUUUUUUUUUUUUCAGUACAUCAAAUUUAGCUAAAUGAAAACGAAAACUGUUGCUGAAAUAAAAUAAGUUUUUUAAUAUUUUAUUUUAUAUUGUUAAAAUAAAUUCAAUUUAUUUUAAGCAAAAAAAAUUCUUUUACUUUUCCUUUUAAAGUUUCACUUUACUAUAAUAAGCCUGAAACACAUUUUUCAAUAAAACAUAAUUCAUUUGGACUAAAUUAUAUUUGUUUGCUUCUACGCAGAGCACAUUUUUCUGAAUUAAAUUGGCAUUUUUCUCUAAUAUUGUUAAAGCAAUUAGCAAACUUUUGUUAUAUGGCACCAAAAAAAUGUUUGGCUGUAUUAUGAAAUUUCGUAUACCAUAAUAAUCCAUAAAAUCAAAUAUAAUUUGGUUAAACUUAAUAAGAUUUACAUUAGCAGUGAAUGCCAUUCAGACAUUUUUAUGUGACUUUUUAAGUUUUAUAUGAAUUAAAUACAUAUUUAUUCAUUUUAAAAAUGAAGUCAUCUAAUGUUUCUUUUCUUAAAAAUAACCUAAAUUUUGUGUGACGUAAACACGUUUAUGGGUAAUUCAUAGUGAAAAAUGAAAUGUCUUAAUGAAUUUAUUUGAAUUUCAUUCGAUUUUAAUUUUACUUUUAUGAUUUGAUUUUUAUUUUUGCACGGUUUAAAAAUAAACAAGAGAAUACAGUACAGUGCAGGAAGUUUAUUCCACCUGAACAAUAUUAAAUUAAAUUUACAAUUCUGUAUCCUGUUUGCUACUUCCGUUCAAAUUCAGUUCGCUGCAGGAACCAAAGAGAAGAGCACAACUACUAUUAUUACCACUAAUAUGCUGCUGCCUUCAAGUCCUGCCGGAAAGAUCCUACGUGUGAGUUCAGAAGUUAUGUUCAUAAUAUAUGAUUUUGGUCUCUGCUGCAUAAAUUUACAUGCAUCAGUCCUGUAGCAGAUCUAAGCAGGUGGAGCUGGGGAGGUGGAGGGGUUCAGAGGAACUAGAUUACAGCAAACACUGAACCAAACUGUUGAGCAAGCAAGGAUGCAGGAUCAGCAGAGGCCAAUCAGCUUGUGCCAUGUGGUAAUGAUGUGUUUGCUAGAGUUUCAUGACUGAACUACAUAUUUCUCUCUCUUUUGCACUUACUUACAAACACGGGAGGCAUUUUGUAACAUGAAUGCAGUAUAAUGAAGGAUGAGUGUCAUUAAUGCUGCCAGAAUUAUGGGAAAUGUAGUUUUUCUGUAAGUAUGAUGAUUCUGACAUGACUUGAAGAACGCAGCUUGAGAUCUUUCAUGCAGUAAAACUCUUUUCCGUGCAGGUGUUUUCUACUUUCGAACCAAAUACAGAAACCACUAAAGUCACACUCGGCUUGUUUCAGGGGUUUGAACGCGGUUCACAAUUAAAUGUGAACGCUCCAAAUGAACUCAGAUCAUCUCAGUGGCCUUUAUCCUUUAUAAUCAUAUUUAAUAUUCAACUUAUGCAUAAAUAAGAUUAAUUAAUAUAAAACUAGUUAACCAGGUUCUAAACAACUGAGACCCGAUCAGCAUUCAGAUCGGAGUCCACUUUUAAUCCACAUACAAUGUGAACGGUUUGGAUCUUGUAAAAACGAGUCAAGCGUGAAAACUAAGAUAUUCAGGGCUGUUUUUCAUCUUUUGACGAUCAGUGGCAUGAUUUCUGUAGAUAAACUAGCAAUUGAUCCUCAGUGUGCCUUCAGCUUCCUGGAAGAACUUUUAUUUUGUAAUGUGACAUUUCUAAAAAGAUAUUUUAGAGCUGUUAAAGGGAUACUUACACCAAAAAAAUGAAAAUUAUCCAAUCAUUUACGCACUGAUACAGAAAGUCCUAUAGUAGAAUUAUUAUAUAUACAUAUAUUAAAAUGACUUAUAUUUAAAUUUCUAUGAUACUGUAUGACAAGACCGUAUGUGUGAACAAUAUAUGUCUCAUUUGUAUAUACAGAACAGAUAUAUGGAAACAUGCGGUUUAUACCGUAUAUGAAACACCCAUUGUAAAAUUAGUAUAUGUACAUAUUACAUUUGCGUAUGGGCACUCUCAGGUUGUUCUGAACCUUUAUGAACUUCUUUGUUCUGUUGAACAUAAAGGAAGAUAUUUUGAAGAAUGUUGGUAGCCAAAAAGUUGUUGGUCCCCAUUGACUUCCAUAGUAUGAAAAACAAGUACUAUGGAAGUCAAUGGGGACCAACAACUGUUUAGUUACCGACAUUCUUCAAAAUAUCGUCUUCUGUGUUCAACAGAAGAAAGAAACUCAUACAAGUUUGGAACAACCUUAAGACGAGUGAAUGAUAGGAUUUUUAUUUUUGGGUGAACUGUCCCUUUAAAUCACCAGCUCCUCUAUGAAACAUCAACAUAUAUAAGCUUCACGUUUUCUAGCUAACAUUGAUCUUGAUGGGAUUUUCCUCAUACUGUAUUUGUAUUUCCCUCUUUUAAACAGAAUAAUAUUGUACAAUUUUUCUCCAUUUGUCGUUUUGAUAUUCUAUUAUUUUACUGGAAUUAUGAUGUCUUUCCUUUUGAAGGAAUCGUUCAACCCAAAAUGAAAAUUCAUUUACUUUCCCUCAUGUUCUACAAACGUUUCAUUCUUCUCAUUGAGGGGAAGAUUAUAAGCUAAUAAUUACUUAAGUAUGGUAGAAAAGAUUAUAUAAGUUCACAAUAUAAUGCACAAUAUAAUAAUAUAAUGGAAGUGAGUAAAUUUAAUUAAUGUGCAUUUUGAAUGAAUCUCACUUUCAUUUUGUCCUUAUCCGUAUAAUAACACAAACACUGUGAUUUUAAAAAGUAUAAACACACACCGUGUCCAUUUUUGUUCACAUCUGGUGAAGCCAUUGCAUUUAAUCAUAUGUAAUACAAAAGAAAAGGUCAUAUCUUCAUGAUUUCUUGUCCAAAGUUGAUCUGCAUCUCACUAAAUGAACCUGAAUGAGUGGUAACAGUGGAAUCAUGGGAAGUCUGUGCCUUAAUUUCUCAGUUCUCGCUCUAAUUAGACUCGCUCUCCGUCAGCGCUGCAUCGCCACCCGCCGUCACAUGACACCAGCUUGUGCUCCAGUUGGAUGGAGACCAUCGCCAUAGUAACCUUGAGAAGUUGUUGAUGUCACAGAUGAAUUUGUGAAUGGAGAGAGAGAACACAGAGGGGUUUAUUAUAAUGUGACAUGAUUAGUUUUGUGUUGUCUAGUAUUUCUGUGUGAGUUGUGCAUGUUAAACCAUGAUUAACACUAAAGCUGAGCUGAACAGUAUAAGGAGAAAUGAUGUGGAAUUGAAGGAAAAUUGUUAGCCUGUGGACCAAUAUUUGCACUGACAGGACUGUAUGUAUUACGAGCUGAUGUAUGUGCAAUCUUCAUCUCAAAUGUUUUAUGGGUUUGUUUUUAAAGCAUUGCAUGCAUAUAUCAUGUCCGUUAGUGGAAUAUUCAUUCUGAUUAUGUUAUUUAUGCCUGAAAAAUAGAAUAAAUGGAAAUCUUGGAACAAUGCAA